AUGGGGGAAGACGCAGAGAGCGAUAUUGCUAUUCGUUUUGUCAAUGAAAACGACUACAGAGAGAUUUCUGCCAAAGCUGUGUCAGCGAAACGGAAAUUAAAAAAGAAUCGCCCUUCCUGCCUUGUUUCUAAGCAUUGUUACAACUUUGAUUCGAGCGAAGCUGAGAGUUCUAGCAAAGACUGAGGUGAAAAAGUCAGUGCAAGCGAGGAGGAAGCUGUAACCGAAACGGAGAGUGCCAAUGAAAUACAAGAAAACGUAGAAAGCCCCUAUUCAGAUGAUAGUUCAGCAGAUGAAACAAAGAGGAGGAAAAGUGCAGGGAAGCCUAAACCUGCGCCUUCGAGUUCGACCGUCACCAAAUCAAGCAAAAAGGCGCCGAAGAAAUCAAAUAAACGAAACGAGAGUCUUUCGGAAGAAGAGAUGGAGCGAUUCCCUUUUCCCAGGUGA